AUGCCGACCAAAAAGGCGACACGCUCAACUCGCUCGACACGCAGUACAAAAGCAUCGUCCAAAGCUGCAUCUUCCGAUGCCGCAUUUGACGAGAAUACAUACGCAUCUGAUGUUCCUGAAGCUGCCAACCUCAAAACAACCAAAUCAGCUGCUGCGUCCAAAAAGGUUCUUGGAGAGCGCAACGCCAACAACACCACCGAGCCAAGUCCAGUCGAGGAGCUCGCUCAGCCGCCAGCCACCAAGACCACCAAGUCAAAACGUGGGAAGAAGAAAGCGGUGCAAGACAUUGAUACAGCAAAGCAGUCCACAGAUUCGCGCUGCACAACACCAGUCCCGUCUUCGCCCACAAAAAAGCGUCUGCCAGAGGAUCAGGUGCAGGCGUGCUUGCAAAACUAUGAUCUGGAAUGCCAGGCUCGCAUGUCCCGCCUCCGAGCUUCGCUCGAGAUGUCGCUGCAGUCGUCCAUGACGCGCAUGCGUCUGGCGAUCGAGCGCAUCCCGCGUGCCGUGCGCGAACUGUCGCUGGCCACAUUCAUCGACGAGUACGGCGCCGACAUCCACGCAUUCAUGGGGCGUGCUCCUGUGCAGCAUCUUCAGGAUACUCAGAAGGAGUGGGAUCAGAUGAGAGAGGAGCGCUCACCAACCAAAGCCAAGCGCACCAACAAGGACGACGAGGCCACCGCUAAGAACCAAGACCGCAGUUCCAAGGCUGCUCGCACAGCCAAUGCCACGGCAUCCUCAACAGCCUCGCGAGCCACCGCCACCAAGGCAAGCGCCGCCAAGGCCAGCUCGGCUGCCGCUCGCCAAAAAGCGACGCGGUCCACCAAGCCCAGCCUUCGCUCCACACGCGCAUCGGCAGCAGCCCCCUCUUCUCCACCGCCCUCGACGUCGUCCAAACCUGCGCCGAGCCUGGCUACCUUCCAGCCCGAGCUGCCUAAACAAGCGCUGCAGACUCCCAAGCCGCGCAUGGCUCGGCCGGGCGAGGUGAUCCAGUGGACCAGCAUCAACGGCUCGCCCAUUUGCGGCAUCAUCGGCGAAGACGGCGUCGUCCGUCCCGUCUCCUUUGCCUAG